AUGCCUGAGAAUCAGCAAAAUAAACACAGAACAAACAAGGACAAGAUUGUUCUCAUACAAAUGGAACCUUCCAAAUUUCAACAGAAGCAGAGAAACUCCAACACAGACCAGAGGCCUGUAAUGCAGAGAGAGGAGCCAACAAAGCAGGAGAAGCUAAAAUUUCACAGAAUAUCUCACAGAAUAUCUCACAGACUGUUGCGUUUCCUGGAGAAGAACGAAGCAGAGGAGCCUCACUUCCUCCUUUUCCAUGUCCCAAAGAUAAUGCCCCCAGUCCUCCCAUUAUCCAUGACACCCCCCUGCAGUCAGUCACUGGACUUAAGGCUUGUGGGAGCUGCGGGCUUGUGCUCUAGAGUUAGAGAAGAGGAGAGGCAUGAUGUCAAGACUGAGCUAAAGACGUCCCUGACUUUUCAGAACAGAAAAAUGUCACAAAAUAAAUAUAUAGCAAACAAACAAGAGAUUACUUAUGCAGAUAUAAAGUUGUCUAAAUCUCAACAGAAGCAAAGAAUAGUCAAGGCAGAGCAGAGUCCUGCAAUAGAAAGUGAGGAACAGGUGAACUACGUGGAAUUGAAAUUCCACAGAACAUCACAUGUCCAGCACAGAAAAUGGCUUGUUACAGGAAACGGAAAAGCAUGGAGAGUGGUAACUGGCAUCCUAGGAGUCUUGUGCAUGGUUUUGAUGACAACUGUGGGUAUCUUACUCCCAAAAUUGUUUUCUAGCCAAGAAGAUCAAAGCAGAGAAUACUCACAUACUCCUCCUCUAUGUCCUGCAGAUAACGAACCUUCCUGUGAUCUCUGUUCACGUGACUGGAUUGCAACUGGAAACAGUUACUAUCAUGGUUUCAACAAGACCAAAACCUGGGCAGAGAGUCAGGCUGAGUGUGCAGAGCUGGAUUCUCAUCUUCUGAAGAUAGAUACUGAAGAAGAGCUGGAAAACUUGUCAUUGUUUGGAAUUAAAGGGUGGAUACAUCUCAAAAUGAAUGAAACAGAUGGAUUCUGGCUAUGGGAAAAUGGAUCCAAAAUACAGUCCAUUUCACAAAAUAAUUCCCUAAGGAAGAACUGUAGUUGUCCUUAUAUGCGUGGAAAUCAUAUUUAUGCUGAAAACUGUUCAUCUAGGAAACAAUAUACCUGUGAGUUUAAUAUACGCAAACACCUUUUUCACUAG